AUGGAGAUACCUUCCAGUAGUAGCACUAGUUGCUUUCAUUCCGCUCUGGAUUAUCUAGGCUGGUUGUAUGAGGCCCCCAGACAUUAUUAUUCGCCGCAUAAUAAUAUCUCGGACCUGAAGGGCGAGGUGAGACUGCUACAAACCUUUGAUCUGUAUCUCACAAAGUGUAGGAGGAGGAGGAGGAACCGUGAAACCUGUUUGGAACAAAAUGAGGAGGAGAAGGAUGUUACUUCUUUCAGAAUUCAACAACUGAUUAUCAGGAAAAUGGUAGAUCUUGAAUCGGCUCGCAUCGAAGACAAGAGGUAUCUUGGUCCAGAACGUUUGAUAUGGGUCGCAAGUGAGCUCACCAUAUUUAGGAAAGCAAUCAAGUUGUUUUUCGAGACAGAUAUCAAGGAAUCGUGGAUUGACUUUUUGUUGGACUAUUACUGGCUGAGAGAUCCAGGACCAGUCAUUGAUUUCAUUGAUUCGGUUUCAGAGAAUCUGGAGGAUCUUCUCUCCGGAAGGCACAAAUUUCGUAAAGCGUUGAUUGUUCUGGUGAAAGCCCUUAAAGAGAAGCUAAUGUUCUUGAAGUGUUUCAUUGGCUUUUCCAUGCUUCACGGUGUCGAGGGUCAGCAAUUGAUAGAUCUCUUGAUUCACGCUGAAGUGGUAGCUUUCAAUGCAUUACGCCUGAUUUAUAAAUGCUGGUUUCACGGAGAUGAUGAAAAGCUAUGCGAGGAAAUGGAACUUCAAAUCUCUCGACUGAUACGUGAGAAGAUUUAUCCAAGUAGUCCCCAAGUCCGACAAACUUAUUUCCAUGUCCUGACUGCUUCAAAGUUAUCAAGUUCCUCAAACACUUCAACUCUAGAGAAGAAUAAGCAUCUAGUGGCUGACUUCAUGGAUUGUCUCGUUCACAUUAUCACGGAGCUAGUACAAUCUUGUACCAGUAUUCUGGUUCCGAUUAUGAAACGAAUGCUAAAACUCCUUGAGGGGUUAAGAUUCCUGACAAUCCUUCUCAGGCAUCAGCAGAAGUUCAAAGAGCUACGCCAUGAAAUGAAGACUCUUAUUGCAGUUGUGGUCCGUGAUGCAGCAAUCGUAAUUUUCUCCCUUUCUGUGAAUCAGUUAAUCAAAGAAGGCUUGGCCAACGAAACAGAUCUUGCUCUUCUUCAUUUGCUCAAAGUGCUCAAGCUUAUUAGGGCAGAAGUUACACAGGUCUAUCCACUAACAUCAGUUUCGGGAUUUGGUUUUCCUAGGAUCAAUGAGUUGGGCUCUAUGGAUUUUUUUUUAAAAAAUCUAAAGAAACUAGCAAGUUGUGAUGAAAUCAAUGGUUCAAUUGCUUUUCCAGUGGAUAAAAUCCAGAAAAUCCAAAAAGAUUUUGAAUUUUUAAGAUCUUUCCUGGAAAAAAUCAAGGAGCAGUGCAAUCAGAGCAAAAAAAUCCAAGCUUUCUGGAGUCGUGUUAUGGAGGCUGCAUAUAAAGCAGAGUUAGUGAUCGACUGGACACUUGUUGGUGAUGAACGUGAAUGUUGUUUGGAUGAUGUUGCUACAGAUAUCAAUCUUAUGAAGACUGAAGCCCAAGAGAUCUAUGGUAGCAUAAGCUAUGAUGGCGAAACCAAGAGAGUUACCGAGACUUUCACUUGUGUGUCAUCACAAGUUAUUGCGGCCACGAAAAAUGAAGAGUUUGUGUGUCUCGAUGACGAGGUGAAAACUAUCACUGAUAGACUCACUGGAGGAUCAAGGAAGUUGGGUGUUGUUCCCAUCGUUGGUAUGCCUGGGCUCGGUAAGACCACAUUAGCCAAUAUGGUUUAUAGUUCUCCUUCAGUAAAGUUGCACUUUCAUAUUCGUGCUUGGUGCACUGUUUCUCAAAUAUAUAGCACACACAACUUGUUAGUUCAGAUAUUGCAUAGUAUUGAUUCUAGGAGUCCCGAACAAUAUCCAGAGGAGAAUGAAGGUGAUCUGGCUCUAAAGCUAAAACAAGCUUUGCUCAGAAAUAGGUAUCUCCUAGUGUUGGAUGAUUUGUGGGGCGUUGAGGCAUGGAAUUUGUUGGAAAAAUCAUUGCCAGAUGAUGCCAAUGGAAGUAGGAUUCUUAUAACGAGCAGAUUGCAGAAUUUGUUUUUGCAACUCAAACUUGAUAGCAAAGUUCACCAUCUCCGCCCCCUUACCGAUGAAGAGAGUUGGAAAUUGCUGCAAAACAAGCUAUUUGGCAAAGAAGGUUGUCCUGCAAAACUAAGUGGAGUUGGAUUUCAAUUAGCAAAAUCCUGUAGGGGCUUACCUCUCACAGUUGUCCUUGUUGCUGGAAUUCUUGCUACUACUGGUCAAAAUUGCUGGCAAGAAGUUGCAAAAAGUCUAAGUUCCAGUAUUGUCCUUGACGACGAAUAUUGCAUGAAGACACUUGAGUUGAGUUAUAGUCAUUUACCAGGUGAUUUGAAGCCAUGCCUUCUUUACUUUAGUGCAUUUCGAGCAGACAAAAAUGUUCCAAUUCGAAGGUUGUUAUGGCUUUGGAUCUCUGAAGGAUUUGUGCAGAAGACUGAAGAAAAGAGCCUAGAGGAUGUGGCAGAUGAGUACUUGAAGGAUCUGGUUGAUAGAAGUCUAGUUAUGGUUUCUGAACACAGAACUAGGGGUGGUGCCAAAGCCUGCCGACUUCAUGAUUUGGUACAUGAGUUUUGUGUAGAAAAAGCCAAAGAAGAAAAUUUUCUACAUAUUAUUCAUAGUCAGAAUGAUCCCAUUAUUCUUACUAUCCCAAGCAACCGCCACCGAGUUUGUGAUCAAAAUGCCAGAAAUUUGAUGACUUGGGAUUUAAUGCUACUUUUUCCCAAUUUACGCAGUUUGUUAUUGUUUAAAGAGGAUGCUUUCAGCCUUUGGUUACCUCAACUUCUCAGAGUGCUGGAUUUAAGGAACUUGAAGUUUGAUGCACAUUUUCCGAUGGUAGUAGUAUUGCUUGUUCACUUGAGAUACUUAGCUCUUUAUAUUACAGGAAUAAAUAGCAUCCCACCUGAAAUAUCCAACCUUUCAAGGUUACAAACUUUUCUGGUAAGAGGAUACUCAAGAUAUUUUUUGUUACCGAAGACUAUCUGGAACAUUAAGACACUGAGGCAUCUCUACUAUACUACCAAUGGCGGUUUUGCUUUUCCUGUUGAAAAUCUUGAAGUAUCCCCAUGUUUAGAUCAUCUAGACACUUUAAACCUUGCCAUUGAUCCCUCCUCUCAAAGCUUGCAAAAGAUACUGACAAAGUUACCAAGCAUCCGCAGGCUAAAAUGUUCAAUAACGGGUGUCAGAAUCGGAAAUGGUGGAGGGAUUCUAGAGUUUGACUGUUUGAGUCAGCUAGAAUCACUUAAUCUGUCUUAUUUUACAGGAUAUGGAUUUAAAUUCCCAAGGAAUUUGAAGAAAUUGACUGUCUCAGAUAAUAAGCAGCCAUGGAGUGAAAUUUCAACGAUUGGAAAGUUGCCCAAUCUUCAAGUGCUCAAAUUAAAGCAUGAAGCCUUUGCUGGGGAAGAAUGGGUAAAGGAAGAAGGGGAGUUCCCUAGCCUUCGGGUCUUGAAAUUGGCACGCUUAGACUUUCGCAGAUGGACUGCUGCUUCUGAUAAUUUUCCCCGUCUUGAGCAAUUGGUAUUGUAUAAUUGUCGAGAGCUGGAAGAGGUGCCUUCUUGUUUAGGGGAAUGUCCGACUCUUGAAGCGAUCGAGGUGGGACGGUGUGGUGAGUCUGUUGUCAGUUCAGUGGAGAAAAUUCAACAAGAACAGAUGGACAUGGGAAAUGAAGAUCUAAAGAUAGUUAUUGAACAAUGUGGUGAUGCAUGGAUUGGCUAA